CAUUACCCAAGAAACACAGCGAAAAGCUGAUCGCGUGUGUCAUCAUCCGGACACCGGUGGCGUGGGUUUCUUUUGACAUACUGGAGACUAUUUCAACCCUUUUUUUCCCGAAGCAAUAAACAAUAUUGCGAUUAAUUUUGUUCAGAAUGACGGAACGAAAAGGAACUGCAAAGUUGGACUAUUUAAGAAAGAUUGAGUUAGAAAUUCAAGACAAAUGGGAGAAGGAGAGAGCAUUUGAGAAGGAUGCACCGACAACCAUUGGAGAAAGCACCAACAAGAACAAAUUCUUUGUCACAUUUCCUUACCCUUACAUGAACGGCCGAUUGCAUCUUGGCCAUACAUUCAGCCUGUCAAAGUGUGAGUUUGCGGUGGGUUAUCAGUCACUGAAGGGGAAGAAAUGCCUCUUUCCGUUUGGGCUGCACUGCACAGGCAUGCCGAUCAAGGCCUGUGCAGACAAGUUGAAGAGAGAGAUGGAGCUUUAUGGAAACCCUCCACAGUUUCCGGAUGAGGAGGAGGAGGAGGAAACGAAGGAGAAACCAGCAGCAUCUGAUGAAAUUAUCAUAAAGGACAAGGCAAAGGGCAAGAAGAGCAAAGCAGUGGCCAAAUCUGGAUCGUCCACUUUCCAGUGGGACAUUAUGAGGUCUUUAGGACUGAACGACCAGGAAAUUUCUCCGUUUGCUAAUGCUGAGCACUGGCUAGAGUACUUUCCUCCUCUGGCUGUCAAAGACCUCAAAAAGAUGGGAGUCAAGGUGGAUUGGAGGCGUUCGUUCAUCACCACGGACGUGAACCCCUUCUACGACUCCUUUGUCAGGUGGCACUUUCUCACCUUGAAGGAGAGAAAGAAGAUCAAGUUUGGCAAGAGGUAUACCAUCUUCUCUCCUAAGGAUGGACAACCAUGCAUGGACCACGACAGGCAAACUGGAGAGGGCGUUGGACCCCAGGAGUACACACUCAUCAAAAUGAAGAUCGUUGAACCUUACACUGCAAAAUUUAAAUCCAAAGUCUUUUAUAGCAGUGCUGUGAAAGGCAAAAGCAUCUUCCUGGUUGCUGCCACUCUGAGACCAGAGACCAUGUUUGGUCAGACUAACUGCUGGGUGAGACCUGACAUGAAGUACGUCGCCUUUGAAACAACCAGUGGAGACGUCUUCAUCUCAACCAGCCGAUCCGCCAGAAACAUGUCCUACCAGGGCUUCACCAAGGAGAACGGAGUGGUGCCGGUGGUCAUGGAAAUACUGGGACAGGAUAUCCUUGGCUCUGCCCUAAGUGCUCCUCUGACCUCCUACAAGGUUAUCUAUGCCCUGCCCAUGCUCACCAUCAAGGAGGACAAAGGUACUGGGGUUGUAACCAGCGUGCCUUCUGAUUCUCCCGAUGACAUCGCUGCUCUCAGGGACAUCAAAAAGAAACAGGCCCUCAGAGAAAAGUAUGGAAUUGAAGACAAGAUGGUGUUGCCUUUUGAGCCGGUCCCUAUUAUUGAGAUCCCGGGCUACGGGAAUCUGUCUGCUCCUCUGGUGUGUGAUGAGCUGAAGAUCCAGAGCCAGAACGACAAGGAGAAGCUGGCUGAAGCUAAAGAGAAGGUGUACCUGAAGGGGUUCUACGAAGGGAUCAUGUUAGUUGAUGGGUACAAAGGUCAGAAGGUCCAGGAUGUGAAGAAGCCCAUCCAGAAGAUGAUGAUCGACAGGGGUGAAGCCAUGCUCUACAUGGAGCCAGAGAAACAAGUCAUGUCACGUUCAGGUGACGAGUGUGUAGUAGCGCUCUGUGAUCAGUGGUAUUUGGACUACGGGGAUUCUGAGUGGAAGCAGCAAGCUCACGAAGCCCUGAAGUCAUUAGAGACAUUUUGUGAAGAGACGAGGAGAAACUUCGAGGCAACUUUGGCCUGGCUGCAGGAACAUGCCUGCUCUCGUACCUACGGGCUCGGAACACGGCUGCCUUGGGACGAGCAGUGGCUGAUUGAGUCUUUAUCGGACUCCACGAUCUACAUGGCUUACUACACCGUAGCCCACCUCCUCCAGGGGGGUGUGCUCAAUGGUCAAGGAGCCUCACCGCUGGGAAUCAAACCAGAACAGAUGACCAGAGAGGUGUGGGACUUCAUCUUCUUUAAAACGUCUCCGUUCCCCAAGACGAGCAUCCCUAAGGAGCACCUGCAGAGGCUGAGGAGAGAGUUUGAGUACUGGUACCCUGUGGAUGUCCGUGUGUCUGGCAAAGACUUGGUGCCCAACCAUCUCUCCUACUUUUUGUACAACCAUGUCGCUAUGUGGCCCAAAGACAAUGGGAAAUGGCCACAAGCAGUGCGAGCUAACGGACAUCUGCUGCUUAACUCAGAGAAGAUGUCCAAGUCAACAGGAAACUUCCUCACUCUCUACCAAGCCAUCGAGAAGUUUUCUGCAGAUGGUAUGCGUCUGGCUCUAGCUGAUGCUGGAGACACAGUGGAGGACGCUAACUUUGUAGAAACCAUGGCGGAUGCUGGCAUCCUUCGCCUCUACACGUGGGUGGAGUGGGUGAAGGAGAUGAUCGCCAACCAGAACAACCUGAGGACGGGACUCAUGGACACGUUCAAUGACCGCGUCUUUGCCAGUGAGAUGAAUGCAAGCAUCAUAAGGACAGAGCAGCAUUAUGAGAGGAUGAUGUACAAAGAGGCUCUGAAGAGCGGCUUCUUCGAGUUUCAGGCUGCCAAAGAUAAGUAUCGUGAGCUGGCGAUUGAAGGCAUGCACAGAGACCUCGUCUUCCAGUUCAUAGAGAGACAAACGCUGCUGCUGGCCCCCAUCUGUCCCCACCUUUGUGAAUACACAUGGAGUCUGCUGGGCAACACGAGUUCUCUGAUGAAGGCGUCGUGGCCCGUGGCGGGGCCCGUUGAUGAGAUUCUGAUUCGUUCCUCUCAGUACCUGAUGGAGACUGCUCACGACCUUCGUUUGAGACUCAAAGCCUACAUGCUUCCCCCUAAGAAUAAGAAAGGUGACUCGAAGCCUCCUGCCAAGCCGUCCCACUGCACCAUCUACGUAGCCAAGAGCUACCCUCCAUGGCAGCACAGUGCCUUGUCCCUGCUCGGCAAGCACUAUCAGAGCAACAACGGCGUCCUUCCAGACAACAAAGUCAUAGCGAGUGAGUUGGGAGCCCUGCCUGAGCUGAAGAAGUACAUGAAGAGAGUCAUGCCUUUUGUUGCCAUGAUCAAGGAAAGCCUGGAGAAAAACGGACUCAGGGUCUUGGAUCUUGAACUGGAGUUUGAUGAGCGAGCUGUUCUCAUGGAGAACCUGGUCUACUUGACUAAUUCUCUGGAGUUGGAGCAGAUUGAUGUCUUGUUUGCAUCCGAGGCUGAUGACAAAGUGAAGGAGGACUGUUGCCCUGGGAAACCGUUCAGUGUGUUUAGAUCAGAGCCUGGAGUAAGUGUCUCCCUGGUUAAUCCUCAACCAUGCAACGGCCUGUUUUCAACAAAGAUUGACAUCAGGCAAGGGGACAACAGUGACAACAUCAUCCGACGGCUAGCUAAAGUCAACAGACUCAUAAAAGAUCUGUCCAGAGUGAAGCUGAUGAGGUACGAGGACCCCCUGUUAGGACCUCGCAGGGUGCCUGUUCUAGGACAAGAGGAGCAAGGCAAACUACUCGUCUCCACCAAAUCUGUGUUCAACGUAAAUUUGCAGGAAAAGAAGGUGACUUUAGCCGACAACGGCCUCACCAUAGACAUUGGGGACACUCUGGUUUAUCUGAUCCACUAGAGCAGCAUCCAGCUCAACUGAUCCAUAUUUUACAGUGUAACAGGUCAUUUUGACACAAAACAACUCAGACUUUUGGCUUCAUUUGUUUUUCGUAGCUGAUGUUUCUAUACAUUGGCCUACUGUCCACUGAAAGAUCUCCCCAGUUUUGCUGUUAAAGAGAAACUUUAAGACACAUUUUGUUGUGAACUAACAUUCAGGUUUCAGCUCUGGUUGUCUUAGAGAAUUUUGUGCUCAAGAGUUCAAAACAUUAAAAUAAGGAUGUUGUAAAAGUUUUGACCCUUUAUUGUGGUUAUUAAUAAAAUAACUUCAAUCUGUACUGCAGUACGUGGGCAGCACUUACCUGUGUCAGAAAUGCUUUUGCCCACUUUUAAUUGCGUUCUCUUUAGAUGUGGAUGGGUUUAGUUCCUGACUGAAGCGAUGUGUGGUAGAUAUGCAUCCCAAACCAGGCCUUAUAGGCUCUGCAGAGAUCUUCCACCAUCUCCUGAUUGUCUACACAAUCACAACACCUGCUCUGUUCUGAAUACCUGAAAGCGUCUCCUGUUCUUUUGCAUUUGACAUCAAUUAUGAAACUUGUCCUGUUUUAAAUCUGGCUGAGUUAUCCACAAAAAUAAAACCUAUUGAAACUA